GGAGGAAUCUCAGACGAUUCCAAGAUUCAGUCUGGCAGCUGACUCAUCUCCCACCUCAGAAAUGCAAACCACAACACAACAGGACAACCUCAAAUGAGCCCUGGGAAACACACUUGCAAACAUCCCCGACCAGUAUCACCAACUCAAACAAACCUCUCAAAGAUGCAAUCUUUUCAUCUCUUUCUUCUUCUCUCAAUCACCCUCGGUUCUGUUAAGAUUGGAGUUGCCCAAGAAGGGUUUUGCUCUGCACCAUCAAUCUUGAAUGCUGAUUCCAACUCUAGACCACUGUAUUGGAAAGUCACUAACCCUACACUCUCUCCUCCUCACCUCCAAGACUUGCCAGGUUUUACUAGGAGUGUUUAUAAGAGAGACCAUGCUUUAAUUACUCCCGAAAGUCAUGUGUUCAGCCCUUUACCUGAUUGGAAAAACACCCUCGGGGCGUUUCUAAUCACACCCGAAAUGGGAUCGCAUUUCGUUAUGUACUUGGCAAAGAUGCAAGAAAAUUCAAUAUCAGGGCUUCCUCCAAGCGGUGUCGAAAGGUUCAUAUUUGUGGUUGAGGGCGAGGUAGUUAUGACUAAUGUGUCUGGGAAUAGCCACAAACUGAAGGUGGACUCUUAUGCCUAUUUACCUCCGAAUCUGGAACACGCUGUGAAAGCUGAUGCAUCUGCAACCCUCGUUGUAUUCGAGAGAAGAUAUUCCAAAAUCGAAAAUUACGCAAGCCACCAGAUUGUUGGUUCGACAGACAGGCAACCCCUCCUUGAAACCCCGGGCGAGGUCUUUGAACUGAGGAAGCUUCUUCCGACAUCUUUAGAUUAUGAUUUCAAUAUUCAUAUCAUGGAUUUUCAACCGGGAGAAUUCCUGAAUGUAAAGGAGGUCCAUUACAACCAGCACGGUUUGUUGCUUUUGGAGGGGCAGGGUAUAUAUCGAUUAGGUGAUAGCUGGUAUCCUGUUGAGGCUGGCGAUGCUAUUUGGAUGGCACCGUUCGUGCCCCAAUGGUAUGCUGCUCUGGGUAAACCUCGCACUCGCUACUUGCUGUAUAAAGACGUAAAUAGGAAUCCGAUUCUUUAGAAACAAUGAGUGAGAUAUGCCACUCUCUAUUUCCAUAUGAUUUCAAGAGUAUUUAUCUGUGGGAUACUGAAACUCAGCAACCUGUAGUUUUUCAAUCCUAUUUUUCAUGAUGACAUUAUUGAGCAAAUACAAUCCUUUUUUGUUCAUUUGGA